AUGGCUGCUAUAAGAAAGAAAGUUUUUAUUUUUACUCUAUCUGGAAUGACUUUGAUGACUAUGUCCGCAUGUAGAUGGUAGUAUAAUAGAUAUCACUACUCUGUCAAUAAAUGGAAAGUGCUAGAUGAGUAGUUCAAAAAAGAAGAACCUGAUCAAAUUUAAUUUAGUAAUCUGCCUUGGUAGGAAUAACUUGCAAAAAAUAAUAAACUCAAUAUUGAAGACUUUGAAUAUAGAUUAAUUAGACUUAAAGGACUCCUUAAAGGAUAGAGAUUUUUUAUCCAUAGACAUUAAGAUGGUAGACCAGGUUAUUUAAUAGUAGCUCCAUUUAUAGAUUCGACAUAAAACACUAAUAAUGCAUUAGUUGUCAACUUAGGCUGGAUACCAAGCAAUAUGAAAUAAAAGUUUGAUAAUAUAAAAUAUAAUGACGAAGAAAUAGAGCUUUCUGCCUUAAUUAAACGCCCAGAAAAAAUAGAUUAUGUUAAUUAGUAGUAAAUUUAGUCUAUGAAAAAAAUGGAAUAAAUGAAUCAAUCUACAAGUAAUUAAUAGUAAACCUCCAAGUAGCAGAAUCUUUAAAAUUAAGAUAGUGGUAAAAUAAUUCCAGAAUAAUCGAGGUUCAAUUCUUUCAUUGAUCUUGAAUUCCUCAAAAAAGAAUUCAAUUGUAACUUAGAUACAAAUGCAUAUUUAGAAAAAUUUAUAAGCAGAAAACAGUAUAAUUAACUCAGUAUAAGUGAUUCUGAUGAUGAUUUGUAUCCAGUAUGCUCAUCACCUUAAACAUUUUCCAAACCUUACUUAACACCUGAUAAACAUUUAAGUUAUUGCACUUUUUGGGGUUGCUGUACAACAUUCGGUAUAAUAACUAUCAUAAGAGCUUUAAGAGUAUGA